GGGGGAGUUGACAUCCGCUGUUCUCUCUUUAAUACCACUCAGAAGGUGUGCAUGAAGAAGAUCGCAGCAGACGACCUCGAUGGCGUCUUGGAGUGUGACUGCCCAUUACCAUGCCGAGAAACACAGUAUAGGUCACAGGUCACCUCAACGCGGGCGAACAUGCUGCACUAUGAACUGCUCCACAAGCUCAGGAAAAACGUUGCCAGCUUUUGCUCCGACAAAAUGGACACGGUUGUUCUUCAUGUCUAUCUUGACUCCAUUUCCUACGAGUUGAUCGACGAGAGUCCAACCUACACUUGGGAUACCUUGCUAUGUAAUCUGGGCGGAUCUCUCGGCCUUUUCGUGGGCGUGUCCAUGUUGAGUAUCCUGGAAGUGUUGGAGCUCCUUGUGGAUUUGUGUAUCUUGACCUUUUCACAAAAGAAGAGAGGACGGAAAGAUAAGAAGGAAUGGAACCAAGACGAAGGAGAGUUAGUCAAAGUGCAAACACAAGGGGAGAAGAACGUGAACUUUGCGUGGGUGUUAGAGGGAAGUGUCGGAAAGUGUUCUGCCAAAUGUGCGUCGCAGACCGAGUUGCAAGUUUUAAGAGAAGAGCUCCAGCAUUUAAAGAUGGCCUUUGCAAGUUAGU